AUGGACGUGUAUAGCACCCCUGCUGCCGCGCUGGAUAAAUUGGUGGCUCGCAGCCUACAGCUGCCGCCGGAGUUCGUGGGGGCGGCGCGGCGCGCCCUGGGUACCUUGGCCGCCACCCUGAGAGAGCGCGGGGGGCGCUCCGGAGCCGCCGGCCCGGAGCCACGGGUGCUGAAAAUUGUCAAGGGAGGCUCCUUUGGCCGGGGCACGGCUCUGAGGGGCGGCUGUGAUUCUGAACUUGUUGUCUUCCUGAACUGCUUCAAGAGCUAUGAGGACCAAGGGCCCCGCCGUGCAGAGAUCCUCAAUGAGAUGAGGGCACAGCUGGAAUCCUGGUGGAUGGACCCCAUCCCUGGCCUGAACCUUGAAUUUCCUGAGCGGGACACAUCUAGCGUGCUGCAGUUCCGACUUGUGUCUGAGGACCUUGAAAACCGGAUGGAUGUUAGUCUGGUGCCCGCCUUUGAUGCCCUGGGACAGCUCAGCUCUGGUGUGAAACCCAAGCCCCAGGUCUAUUCCACCCUCGUCAACAGUGGCUGCCAGGGGGGCGAGCAUGCUGCCUGCUUUGCACAGCUGCAGAGGGACUUCGUGAACACUCGCCCAGCCAAAGUGAAGAACCUGAUCCUGCUGGUGAAGCACUGGUACCACCAGGUGUGCCUGCAGGAGGCAGGGAGGGGGGCGCUGCCCCCAGUCUACGCCCUGGAGCUGCUGUGCAUCUUCGCCUGGGAGCAGGGCUGCCAGAAGGAUGCCUUCAGCCUGGCCCAAGGCCUCCAGACCGUCCUGGGCCUGAUCCGCCAGUACCAGCACCUGUGUAUUUUCUGGACCAUCAACUAUGGCUUCGAGGACCCUGCAGUCGGGUGGUUCUUACGGGGCCAGCUCAAGAGACCCAGGCCUGUGAUCCUAGAUCCAGCAGACCCAACGUGGGACGUAGGGAAUGGGAAAGCCUGGCGGUGGGACGUGCUGGCCCGAGAGGCAGGGUCCCACUCUGACCACCGGUGUUUCCUGCAGGCGCCUGGGAGCCCUGUGCAGCCCUGGGAGGGGCCGGGCCUUCCACGUGCCGGGUGCUCGGAUUUGGGCCACCCCAUCCAGCAAGACCCUGACCAGAGGACCCCCGCAGACAGCGGGAGCCUCAGUGCCGUGCGCCCCAGAGCAGGGUGUGAGCAGCCGUCGUACCCAGCUCCCAGCCCCUCGGAGACAACCAGCAACGCCCUCUCUAUGCCAGGGACGGUCUCGAAUCUGUCUCAGAUCCCCCCCAAGGAGCUGGACCGCUUCAUCCACGACCAACUGAAGCCGAGCCCCCAGUUCCAGGAGCAGGUAAACAGGGCGAUUGAAAGCAUCUUGCGCUGCCUCCGUGAGAACUGUGUCCACAAGGCCUCGAGAGUCAGCAAGGGGGGCUCUUUUGGCCGGGGCACAGCCCUAAGGGGUGGCUGUGAUGUCCAACUCGUCAUCUUCCUCAACGGCUUCAAGGACUACCAGGACCAGGGGGCCCGCCGUGCAGAGAUCCUUGAUGACAUGCGGGCCCUGCUGGAAUUGUGGUGCCAGGACCCAGUCCCCAGCUUGAGCCUCAAGUUUCCUCAACAGAGCGAGCCUGGGACCCUACAGUUCCGGCUGAUGUCCACGGCCCUGGAAAGCUGGGUGGACGUUAGCCUGCUGCCUGUCUUCGAUGCCGUAGGGAAGCUCAGCUCCGGCAUCAAACCAAAGCCCCAGGUCUACUCCACUCUCCUCAACAGCAGCUGCCAGGGAGGCGAGCAUGCGGCCUGUUUCACAGAGCUGCGCAGGAGCUUUGUGAACACUCGCCCAGCCAAGCUGAAAAACCUGAUCCUGCUGGUGAAGCACUGGUACCACCGGGUUGCAGCUCAGAACAGAGGCGGACGGCCAGCCUCUGCUUCUCUGCCCCCAGCCUAUGCACUGGAGCUCCUGACCAUCUUCGCCUGGGAGCAGGGCUGCGGGUACGAGGGUUUCAGCAUGGCCCAAGGCCUCCGGACUGUCCUGGGGCUUGUCCAGCAGCACCGGCAGCUCUGUGUCUACUGGACAGUCAACUACGGCCUGGAGGACCCAGCUCUCAGAAAGUACCUACUUGGCCAGCUCCAGAAACCCAGACCCCUAAUCCUGGACCCUACAGACCCCACCUGGAACGUGGGCCAGGGCGAUUGGGAGCUAUUGGCCCAGGAAGCGGCAGCUCUGGAAAAGCAGGCCUGUUUUGUGAAUGGAGACGGGACGUCUGUGCUGCCCUGGGACGUGAUGCCCGCCCUGCUUUACCAGACCCCAGCUGGGGACCUAGACAAGUUCAUCAGUGAGUUUCUCCAGCCCACUCGCGAGUUCCUGGACCAGGUGAGCAAGGCCGUCGAUACCAUCUGCUCGUUCCUGAGGGAGAACUGCUUCCGGAACUCUCCCAUCAAAGUGCUCAAGGUGGUCAAGGGCGGCUCUUCAGCCAAAGGCACGGGUCUGCGAGGCCGCUCGGACGCCGACCUGGUGGUCUUUCUCAGCUGCUUCACACAGUUCACUGAGCAGGGGAACAAGCGGGCUGAGAUCAUCUCAGAGAUCCGAACCCAGCUGGAGGCGUGCCAGCGGGAACUGCAGUUUAAGGUGAAGUUCGAGGUCUCCAAGUGGGAGAACCCCCGUGUGCUGAGCUUCUCGCUGACGUCCCUGACGACACCGGACCAGAGCAUGGACUUUGACGUGCUGCCAGCCUUCGACGCCCUAGGCCAGCUGGGCUCUGGUGGCCGGCCCAGCCCUCAAGUCUACGUGGACCUCAUCCACAGCUACAACAAUGCGGGCGAGUACUCCACCUGCUUCACGGAACUACAGCGGGACUUCAUCAUCUCCCGCCCCACCAAGCUGAAGAGCCUGAUCCGGCUGGUGAAGCACUGGUACCGACAGUGUAACAAGAUGCCUAAGGGCAAAGGCUCCCUGCCCCCGCAGCACGGGCUGGAACUCCUGACAGUGUACGCCUGGGAGCAGGGCGGGCAGGAGUCCCAGUUCAACAUGGCUGAGGGCUUCCGCACCGUCCUAGAGCUGGUCAGCCAGUACCACCAGCUCUGUGUCUACUGGACCGUCAACUACGACACUGAGGACAAGACCAUCAGAGACUUCCUGAAACGGCAGCUGCAGAAGCCCAGGCCCAUCAUCCUGGAUCCAGCUGACCCGACAGGCAACCUGGGCCACAGUGCCCGCUGGGAUCUGCUGGCCAACGAAGCCACAGCCUGCAUGUCUGCCCUGUGCUGCAUGGGCAGGGACGGCACCCCCAUCCAGCCCUGGCCAGUGAAGGUUGCUGUGUGAAGUCCAGGAAAUCAGUGGUCAUACUGGAUGGACAGAUAGACACCAGCCUCGAUGUGGGGAGACUGAGGGUUGCCUGCC